AGUUUGUUGAGGAAACUAAGAAGAGAAGAAGAGAAAGAUGUCUGCUUUAAAAUCUACUUCCGUGUUUCUCCUCAUAUGUUUCCUGUCCUGUUCUGUCUCUGAAGAGCUACAGAUACAUCUGAUAACAGCAAAACCUGGAGAUGAUGUCACUCUGCCAUGUAAAGCUCCAAACAACGUCAACAUAGUAAUUGUUGAGUGGACCAGACCUAACCUUGAUAGAUACGUCUACUUGAAGAUAGACGGGCACCUGAUGACAGCAGACCAGGAUCCAUCUUAUGUGAACCGGGUGCAGCUGAAGGACGAUGAGAUGAAGAACGGUGACCUGUCUCUGAUUCUGGAGAACGUGAACAGCAACGAUGAAGGAAGAUACGAGUGUCGCUAUAAAGGAGAGGGAGGAGCUGAUCAGAUGAAACUCAUCAGCAUCAUCAUCCUGAAUGCUGAAGAGAAAACAGUGAAGUCUGGAGAUGAUGUCACUCUUCACUGUCAGAGUCCCAGAGAUGAAGACAUCACAUCAUUAAAGUGGAUCAGACCUGACCUGAAGAAGAAGACAGAGGAGUACGUCUUCUUCUUCAGAGACGGCCGAACAUAUGAAGACUACCAGCAUCCAUCGUUUCAUGGUCGAGUGCAGCUGAUGGAUCCACAGAUGAAGAACGGAAACGUUUCAGUGAUUCUGAAGAACGUCACCAUCAACGACACUGGAACAUACGAGUGUCAAGUUAAAGUGAGGAACACAAAGUCUGAGCUCAUGAACACCAUCAACCUGAAGGUUGAAGACUCAGGUCAAACAUCUGGAAACACCCAGAAUGAAGGAGAGAAGCAGGAAGGAGACGAGGAGGAAGGAGACAAGGAUGGAGGAAAUCUUGGACUGAAAGUUGGACUGUCUGUUGCUGGGAUUCUUCUUGUUGCUGCUGCUGUUGGUUUUGCUUCACAGGAUCCAAGGAGAAAACUUCAAUUCAAAUGGGAAUUGCUGUUUUCUCCUUGUUUACCUUGUGAAUGGGAGCUGUUGAGAGCCAUGUCUGUGUCACUCAACACUGUGCUGUUCCUGUUCAUUUGUGAACUGCUGUCUGCCUCCGCUGGUCCUCAGCUUCACCAGGUAACAGCACAGCCUGGACAGACUGUCACUCUGUCAUGUGAAGCUCCAAACAGUGUGAUCAUAGCAGCUGUCGAGUGGACCAGACCCGACCUCCAGAAGUAUGUCUACUUCCAGCGUGGCAGACGCCCCCUGACACAAGACCAGGAUCCAUCUUAUGUCGACCGGGUGCAGCUGAUCGGUCGGAUGGAGGAUGGUGACCUGUCUCUGAUUCUGAAGAACGUGACCAGCAACGACAAAGGAACAUACGAGUGUCGCUAUAAGCAGAUUGAAAGGGGACGCUGGAGGAGAGCUGCUGCUAUUAACAAUAAACCUGCCAGCGUCUUUGAGCUGCAUGUUGAAGGUCCAACAGAUGGAAGCUCAAAGUCUGGAGAUUCUGGAGUAAUUCUGCCAGUUACACUGAUCGUCCUCACUGCUCUUAUUAGUCUUGUUGGUCUCGCUGGUCUUGCUGGUCUUGUGAUCUACAAGAAGCGUAAAGCACGUUCAGAGAAUAAAUCAGACCUGCCUGUUGAUGAUCCAGAUGUUCUUCAGCAGCUGCAAGAGAAUGAAACGGGUCAGAAACACAUCACUCUUAACACAGCUGACAUUCAGGUAUAAAAAACAGAAAUAGAAACUGAAUAAUGUCAUUCAAAAGUCUAUUUUAAAAAGUUAUUUCAGGUUCGGUUCAGGGCCAUAGGUAAGGGUUUGACAUCUUUCUGCUAGGUCCCUCCUCGGAUUGCCACCUUAUCGCGGUGGAGGGUUUGUGUGCUCAGAGGAUUGUGGGAGUUUUACUGUCUGGAGCUUUCAGCUCCUGGUAGGGUUUCCCACGGCAGAUUGGUCCCAUGUGAUGAGCGAGACUGAGAGUAAUCCAUAAGAAGUCAAGCUCUUACCAAUGAGCCCUGAACCAAACCCUCAGCUGAUUGGUCAGAUUCUUCAGAGUCUUGUUUAAAACAUUUAAAAAAACAGAAAACAGCUCUAUUGUCCACCAAUGUGCUGAUGAACUGUCCGUGUGACAAUGACGGAGCUUUGUUCAUCACAAAGAGAAAAAUCAUUCAGACAAAAUGUAAAAGACACAAAACUUUAAAAAAGACAAGAGAGACAAGAAAUGCAGCUCAAAGUGUUUUAUAGCAGAAGAAAUGACAUCCACCAAGUCCUUCACAUUAAAAGUAGCAUUAGAAAGAACAUUAACGUAAUAAAACAUGGAAAAUAAAAAAAGUAAGAAUAAUAAAAUAAUAAAAACCGUAAAUAUGAAAAGUGCAGUGUGAUGUUUUAUAAGUAAUGAUAAAAAGGUAUUGAUUAAAAAAAAAUGAAACAGCAAAACUUCAUAUUGUUCACAAGGAAUUUCAAUGCUCAACUGUUUGAAUGUAUUAUGACUGAGGUAAAUAUCUAUUUUAUAUAGAUAAUAAAUAAUAAUAUUCUCUUAAAA